AGUAGACCUGGCUUGGACUUGGGAAGACCCCUCUAUUGUAUGACCUGCAUACAUACUUACUUCCAUGUAUCCAUUGUUUCUAGAAUAGAAUAGACCGUCUACUGCAGGUUAAUAGCUUACAUGCGCGCGGACCUGUACAAUAGCAACUCCUCCCGUUGGCCCGUCUUACCUGACAUCCUGUUUUCCGUUGACCUCGAGACUUGUGAGCCGAUCCUGAAACCAGAGCCACCCCUCCUGUUUGCGACUGCGGAGACGACCGUCGCGACAGUUCAAGUGCCCGUGACAACCCCCGCCAUGUCGACGACCAACGGCGCCGGCCAAGGCGACGACUGGAAGCCGCGCGAUAUGGAGGGCGAGAUGCGCCAGCUGUGCGCCGGGCUCAAGAGCAAGGUCGACGCAUUUCUCGACAAGGAGACGGGCGACGAGCUACUCCAAGGCGUGCAGAGGCAGGUCAGGGCGGCCAAGGGAGUCAUCGACGAUGCCCUCAAGCGGUACCGACCCGACGAACUAGCCCUCUCCUACAACGGCGGCAAGGACUGCCUGGUCCUGCUGAUCCUAAUCCUCGCCUCGCUCCCGGCGCACUUCCCACCACCGCCCACGAGCCCGCCCCCGCCGCUGUCGAGCUGCGACACCCCCUCCUUCCCCGUCCUGCUGCAGGCCAUCUACAUCCGGCCCGAGAAGCCCUUCGCCGAGGUCGACACCUUCGUGGAGGAGACGUCGCAGCAGUACCACCUGGACCUGGCCACGAGCGACCGGCCCAUGAAGCAGGCCCUGGGGGAGUACCUGCAGGAGAUGUUCGCCGUCAAGGCCGUCUUCGUCGGCACGAGGAGGACCGACCCCCACGGCAGGGACCUGCGGCACUUCCAGGAGACGGAUGGCGACUGGCCGAGGUUCAUGAGGGUGCAUCCCGUCAUCGACUGGCAUUAUAGGGAGGUCUGGGGGUUCAUACGCGCUCUCGACAUCCCAUACUGCCCGCUUUACGACAAGGGAUAUACGUCUCUGGGCGGCACCGACGACACGCACCCCAACCCGGUGUUGAAGGCGGACGAGAGUGGGAAGAGCGCCACCGACUUCAGGCCCGCUUACGAACUAAUGGAUGACCACGAGGAGCGGCUGGGCAGAGACUGGUGAUCGGUGCUGGGGCCGACACGGGAGAGAGUUUGACAGUAACGAGGCAGGUCACAAGAACAACAACCCACCUUUUAUUUCAAAACAUCAGACCGGGGCCACAAUAGUUCAUGGGCGGUAGAAUUGAUUGCUAAUAGACACACUCAUCGACAUAAAGCAACCUCAAAUAGUUGCCAGAGGCACCUGAUAGCAUACCCGGAAGAUAUGACAUGAACAAGAAGAAGAAACAUUUGAUCAAU